AUGGUGCGCGUGUCCGGAUCUUCUGGUGACUCGGGAUUUCACCGUGGGUUUUAUGAUGAAGAUGCUAAGAUUAAGACUGAACCUGGAAUUGGAGCGCCAUCGAAAGCUGUAUCGCCGCAGAUGGGCGAAGAAAAAAGAUUCUAA